GUCACCGACUGCAAGUCCAUUUUUCCGCAGGGAAUGCUGUACUGUACAGCUCAUACCAGGACAGCUGAUACACGAAGAGUGGGAAUAUUUCAGGAAUUGAUGAGCCGCUGUUGGAGCGUAUGAAGCCCAGCAGGAUGGACGUCGAGACUUUGAGUAAAGCAGAGCUGCUAAUGCUCCUGAGCAUCCUGGAGGGAGAGCUGGAGGCGCAGGACCUCGUCAUACACACUCUCAGGGCAGGGCAACGAGAUGCGUUUGUGCAGGAGAGGUAUGGGCGCUACGACCUCAGCGACCCCUUCAUGGCUCUUCAGAGGGACAGCGAGGCAAUGCAGGGUAACGAACCGGGUCAAACUCAGGCUCGGGGUCACGGUUCGAGAGGCCAGGUCAACCCAAGCCCACUGGCUGUCCUUAAGCUGGUGAUGAGCCACUGCAAGCGCAUGCAGGAGAAGAUGAUGGCACAGCUAGCGGCGGCUGAGAACAGACACAGACGGGUUAUCGCUGACCUGGAGGAAGAGAAACGGCGCCAUGCCCAAGACACAGCUGAGGGAGAUGAUGUCACGUACAUGUUGGAGAAGGAAAGAGAGCGACUCCUUCAGCAGUUGGAGCUGGAGAAGGCACGAGCCGAGCGUCUGGAGCGUGAAUGUCACUCGCUUUCCAACAAGAUGGAGGAGAACCAGGCACAGCAGCAGCAGCUCUCUUCUAACCUGGCUAAAGAGUGCCAGCGUGCCAGUGCGCAAGCCCAGGAAGAGAGUGAGCGCGUUGCCCAGCUGUGCAAUCAGCUGGAGCAGGAGCGCAGUGCCGUACAGAGUCUGCAAGGAGCGCUGGAGCAGGAAAAGGCACGUGCCAAGGACACGGAGGCCAGAGUUGAGCGCCAGCUGGCGGAGUUCGAUACAGAGCGCGAGCAGAUGAGAGCGAAGCUACGCAAGGAGGAAAGCCACAGCAGAGAGCUGCAGGAACUGCUCGAGCAUCUCAGGAAGGAGCUGGAGGAUAUGAAGGAGAAAGAGAAAGGAUGGAGGGAAAAAGUGGAGGAGGGAAAGAAAGCAGCAGAGAAGCCGCCUAAAGCAGCGUCAGCUGCUGCAACAUGCCAGACUGAGCCAGACGGGAAAAUUAUCAGCACUGAAAAAUCUCAAAGGCUGAGACUUAACGGGCAUCGGGUGCGCAAAGAGAGCGAGUCCUCAGAAGAGAAAAGUACUGAAAAUGGUGGCCUAGAGAAUGGAGGAGCUCUAAGCUCACCUGUGCAUGCACUCCAAUCUCCAUCUCCCAGCAGCACAGCCUGCUCAUCACUCUCCUCCUCGCCGUGCUCCUCGCCUGUACUGGCCAAGCGCUUGGCAUCACUGGGCGCCUCCAGUCCCACGUACCCAUCAUCCUACCAGACGAGCGUGAACCAGCGCUUCCAGGCCGCCAGACACAAGUUCCAGCAGCAGUCUGAGCAAGGUGGAACCCUUCCCCUGUCUCCUCGCGAGCUUUCCCCCACCUCUACACCAGUGCCCCCUCUGUCUGACAACUCCAGCGCCAAGCAGAUGGCUCGCAACACCGUCACACAGGUGCUGUCGCGCUUCACCACCCAACAGGCAUCAGGCAAAGCGCCAGCUCCUAACAGCUCACCAUUUGGCACCGAUUACCGCACACUUGCGACAGCCUCCUCACCUACCAGCAAAGGGUCGUGUCCUCUGUUGCCCGGCAUCCGCUCACCCAUAAUCCCUCGAGGGGAGAGACCCUUCGCUUCCCCUGUAGCCCAGAAAAAGCCUGGCUCGAAUCAGAAUCCAGGCUCGCCCGUAUCCGCAUCCUCACCUCGCUCUCCUCACUUCCCCGAGCUCUCAAAUAGCUGUGGCAUCAGCAGCACACAAGAGGGCGCUAAAGAACUCGACCUGCUCAUGUCCAAAUCCAGCUAACCACUAAAUCUAAUUUAGGCAAGGCUUCACCACUUAGUCAUUUUAAAUUUAGUGCUAGGCUUAACAAAAAAAGGAAAAGAAAAAUGGACAGUUUGAAAUGGCUUGAAGCACUAAGCAAAGCCAAAUAAUAAAAAAAAAACCCUGCAGGUUACCUAAUGAGUCAAAUCAAACACUGAUUUAUUUGGAACAGUGAAGCUUACCAAACUAACCAAAUCUGGCUAACCACAGGAAAAGUCUCUAUAAGAGGAAGCCUAAUCCAUACGCAGCGUCUCUUGGCUUGACCGUUCUCCUUCCUCUAACAGAUUACAGUGCAUCUGAAACACUCCAAAGCGAGGAUCUCACACUUGCAUGCCUGGAUUUCUAUACUCUCCAAAAACACACCUUAAGAAAAAGAAAAAAAAUCUGAUUUUGUGGACAUAGGCUCUUCCUUCUACUGUGGACACUACACAAGCAAGACAUUUAUUUAUUUAUUAUUUUUUACUUAAUACAUUAUUAUAGUAUCAGCUUGUAUACUGAGAUAUUUUAUUUAUCUCUAUCAUGUUCUUCUUAUCCCAUGCAUAUUCCAAGUGGAAAAAAAGGAAGAAAUGUUAUAAAUGUUUUUUUUUUUUACUUUAAAUUAAACAGCAAUAAUUAACGAUUUAUUCUCAGGUGACCAAUUAAUAGUUAGACUAACCAUGAAAAGAUCAACUUAGUUAUUGUUAUGUAUCAAAGUAAAUGAUAUAAAAAGCUAUGAAAGCUGUUUCCAAGUAGUAGAACAGAUUGCACUUUGGAUAUAAAAAAAAAAACGUCCUGCUUUAUAUGGAAAUGUCACCUGAAUCCUACACUUAGGGGGAAAAAAUGAAUAUUUUAUAACUAACCUUUAGAGAAUUCAAGAUAGCGGAAAAACUCGAACGGGUCACGCGGACAUACGGUUUACUAGAGUAGCGCGCGGUUAGACUUGGUCCAAGAGUUUAUGACUCCGAGAUGUAGUUAUAUGCUGCUAUCAUGAGAUAAAAACUUGUAAUGUGUGCAGGAACAUUACAGUCACUGUUCUGAUCCAGAAGGAUGUGCUGCAGGUUCGUAAAACAGCACAUAAGCUACAGCUGAACGAACUGAUAACCUAUUAUUAGCUAGGUAGAGGAGAUCUACGUUUUACUUGAAAAGAAAAAAAGAGAGAGAGAGAGAGAGGCUGGUCUGUAAAUUGAGAGCAAAGAAAAGGGGUUCGUGACUUUGUACAUCCACAAGGUUAAAGCUACUGUAGGAAGCUCUUCAGAAAAAAGUAUACAGAUAAAUUUCUAUGGUCACUGAAAACAUGCAUUGAUACCAUUUGAACAGCUUUAGGUAUAAAAAAAAAUAAAAAAAUGCACCGACACAAUUACAAUGGGGCGUUCGAGUCAAACUGAGACUAGUGAUGUAAUUUAAAGUGAAAGUAGGCUAAAAAACGAUGAGACUCACAGUCACAGUAAAACAUUCUAAUGGUGCAAACAUUUUAAAGAAGUCUGUACAUGGCUUGAUGACUGAGAUCCCCGCCAAGGUAGCUUAAAGCCCACUGCUGUCAUUUUUGUGAAUAUUCAGUGAAUAUGGAAAGCCAGAUUUUUGAAAAUUGAUGGAGAACUUGUCACAAAUUUGCAGAAAAGACACUAUUAUUCACAAACACUGCUUCCACAUUACAGGAACUCGGCUGGAAGUUAUUGCAACAUCCCCCCUUUACAGUCCUGACCAUCUCUCAAAGCCAUUUCUCAAGUUUGGGGCAUUAUAGGAGCUCCUGGGAGGCCAGGGUUUCAGACAAGAAGCAGGCAGUCUGAUCAUGGCUCUGGCGCACUGGGAAAAUGAGUGCGUCAGCGUAGCAGGGGGUUAUAUACAGAAAUAAACUCUCAUAACUGUGUUCUAUCAUUCUGUUCAAUCAAAAGUCUUAGUUUGACUAGAACACCCCUGGUAGGUAUGAAUCAAUCCGCUUGCUGCCCAUCAUCAUCUCUUUAACUAAUGAGAACAUAAAUCACGAGACAAACAACUCCUGAUUCAGUCCUGAAUCUACUGUCCUUACUGACUUAUUAACUGGAUUUGAUCAGAUUGACUGUCCAAAUAAAAAAAAAAAAUUGUGCGCCAAAAAAAAAAAAAAAAAAUAUAUAUAUAUAUAUAUAUAUAUAUAUAUAUAAAAAGAUUUACACAUUUAAGUUUAUUUAUUGAAAUAACUUGAUUUUCCAUGUCGAAUGGAUUUAUUAGUGGGAAACAAAUAGUAAUAAUUAUAUUCAAGAUAAUUUAUGAAUCUUUGGAUUAACAGUUGGCAUAAAACUUGCCAAUAAUCUUUUUUUUUCUGUUCACGGUUCUAUUUUGAGAGUAUGAACCUCAUCAGAUGCAAGAUUGAAAUAAACUGUAUAGUGAAGAAGUUUCAGUUAACAUGGACGAGUAUAAAACUAAACUUACUAUGGAAAUGUACAACUAAAACAAGUUGAUAGUUUAAAGCAAACCGACGAAUUAAUUCAGACUACAGCUUAAACUGUGCUGGGUUAAGUUUAAAGUGUGUAACAGAAACCAUUAUACUGAAAGAGCAUUGUAAAUAGAGAGCAGACUGCAAAGACAGAGAAUAAAAUCUAUUCCUGUUCUAAGCACAGAAACACUAAAACUGGUAGUUAUCUAAUAAGCAAACAUCACCCUCUAGCGGCAGGCUUGGAAAUAGCACUCACUCCAUUUAACUCCCUAAAUUUUUUUCCCUCUCACUUGGUGGAACAUGUGAAGUGAUAUUGCAUUUUUCUGCUUUAAUCUGUAAAAAGGAGCAGACUUCUAAGGAAAAAAAAAAAUAUAUAUAUAAAUCCCACCAAAAAGCUUGAAAUAGUCACAGAGAAGCUUAGUGAAGGUUAAAUCUAGCAUGUGGUUUGAAAUAUUAUAUAAUGAUCUGCAGAAUUUCUUCAUUAAAAAACAAAUGACACCUGCAUGCUUUCUUUUUCUAUAACUCUUAGAAUGAUGCGACAGGAAUUCCAGGAUUUCAUGUGUAUACAGUUUGAUUCACAUUAUAAUGCAUCAACUUCAUAAAGAAUUGUAUGUACCUGCUGUAUUUCAUAGUCUGUUCAAGAUAUUAGAAAUAGCGAACUAGGAACGAAAGUUACUCCAUAGAUAAAGAAAAGCACGGGAAAAAUGGGUUUGAGAGCUAGGUUUCUGAUUAUUUUAAUCUGUAAUAAAUGAAGAAUCUAUAAAAAUAAAAAAAAUAACUAAAAUGCCACUUAAUGAAUCUUCAUACAGUAUAAAUAUCUUUUCAUGCUUGGACAAAGGCAGACUACUUAAUCCUUUCAUUUUUCUUGUAAAAUGACUCGUAAAUUAGAUGCCAAUGAGAGUUGGAGACACCAACUUGACGCCUAACCUGCAGGCAGUACGUGUGGUUUUCUUUAUUUUUUUGUCUAACUCCAUGUUUUCGUCUUGUUUGAUACCUCACAAAACUUUUACUGUACUUUUUUUUUUGUCCAGUGCAAUCCUGGGCUUGUACUACUGCAUUUGUUUUUUGUGACUUGUUGGAAUAAGUCCGUUUGUCUUAAGGAUGAUUAAUAUACAUUUUACCUGGUGUUCUUAACAAGAAUUGCUUCACAAAAUUCAGAAACAUUUUUUUUAACACAUGGGAAAAUAAAACCUUUUGAAGCUC